UAUUCUGGCACUAAAUUCCACUUUGUUCAUAAAAUUUGUGACAAUUUUUCUAUAAAUUAUACUACAUUAGGCACCACUUGUAUUCAUUGGGUUAUUACACUUGUUCACCUUGCAUUACAUUUUUACACACUUAUUAUUAUUCUCUAUUCUUAUAGAAACUCACACUUUGUCUUUUUAUCACAUUUGAGUUUAACUUUGAAAUUGUUCUUCACUUCAGAUUGUGACGCACACAAAAAAAAAAGUGUAAUUAUGGGAAAAGCUAGUAGAUGGUUGAAGGGUUUGUUUGGAAUGAAAAAAGAGAAGGAAUAUAGUAACAAAUCAGGACCAUUGGUUCUUGACAAGAAGGAGAAGAAAAGAUCAGGGAAGAAUGAUAAUCACAUUGACCAUCAGACUAGUGCUCCAGCUUUUGAUGAUGCUUGGUACAAAUCCUAUGUUGCUGAAAAACAGAAACAGAAUGAGCAUAACAAAAAUGCAAUUUUUGUGAGGUCAUUAAGCCAUGGCAGUGGCAGAAAGUCAUUGUUAUUUGGAAGCAAAGAGAUGUUGGCUGCUGUGAAGAUUCAAACUUUUUUCAGAGGCUAUUUGGCGCGAAAGGCUCGUAGAGCACUAAAAGGAUUGGUUAGGAUCCAAGCUCUUGUUAGAGGGUUCCUAGUUAGAAAAAGAGUUGCAGCAACACUUCAUAGUAUGCAAGCUCUAAUGAGAGCUCAAGCUGUUGUCCAGUCAAGACGAGCCCGUAAUUCCAUCGACAAGGAGAACAUGUGUCAGCCAGAAAUCCGUGGACGAAAACAUGUGCAAAUGUUCGAUGAAACUAGAAAUCGACAACACAAUAAAUGGCUUCCCAAUUCCUCAAGUAGAUUUGCACAGAACCCGAAAGUUGUUCUGAUUGAUCCUCACAAGUCUGGUUCGAGAUCUGCAAUGUCCGAAUACGGAGAUGAUUUGUAUGACUCCUAUGAAGCAACAUCUCUUCCUUGUCAAAUUCCGCGUCGAAUCUCAGUUCAUGAUUGCCAAUAUUCUCAAGAUUUUGAUUGGUGCAACAAUAAUGUUAACGAUGAACGCAGACUCUACACAGCUCAUAGCACUCCUCGAUUAGUGAAUUCUUCGCAAGCUAAUCCUCUGGCGAAGAGUGUUUCAGAAGAUACCAGCUUGUUCAUGCCUUACUCAAAUUUUCCUAACUACAUGGCUAAUACUCAUUCAUCUAAGGGAAGAGUGGUAAGGUCUCACAGUGCUCCAAAGCAAAGACCUGACCUCAAGAAAAGGGCUCCUCUUGAUGAAAUAAUGGCCACAAGAAAUAGCAUAAGUUGUGUUAGAAUGCAUUGGUAAUUCAAUCAACAUUAGUUGUGUUAGAAUGCCUUACUUUGGAACUUGUGUUUCCUCUUGUGCUUGCUUACAGCUUAUAGCCAAUGGAAUAUGAUAUCCAUUUUCUAUCUUGUGCUUUUUUUUCAUUCAAAUGAUUUACUUCUUUCAAAGAAAUUGGUUAGUUUAUC